GCUGGGAGGUGGUACCUGUCCCAGUGAGAAGAAAAUGGCGCGUGACGCAAACUGCUCCCUUGUCAGCGAUCAAUUGCCUUUGUCGUCCGAGAUCUUCCAAGUUAUCAAGGCUCAGAUCUGGCUUUUCUUAAUCCCAGUAUUCCUGGGUCUUGUGCAAGUUGGCCUCUUUCUGGAACAAACAGGCUUCUUCUUACGUCAUGGCAAGAGUUCCCACCGCACCAGCGUCUUACUUUGGAUCUUGGGAGUUUAUCCGGUAUUCAGCCUCACCUCCCUCAUCAGUUUGUUCAUCCCACGAGCUUCCUUUGUGUGUAACUUUGUGGCUUCCAUCUACCAUUCCAUCACCCUCUGGAAGUUCCUCGCGCUGAUCCGAGACUUCUUUGGCGGCUCAGAACGCCUGGUCCAGCAACUGGCAGGGCAGCAGGUUUCUCCAAACCCCUUUCCGUGCUGCUGCUGUUGCUGCCUUCCUGAGAUUGCUGCCAAUCAAGCAAACUUGCGAUGUAUGACUGUGGCAGUGUAUCAGCUCUCUCUCAUCCGGAGCAUCCUCUUCUUCAUUACCCUUAUCCUCUGGACCGACGAUGAAUAUGACUACGGAGCUGUGGGCUACACCAAUCCCAAUUCCUACAUCAAUGCCAUUAUAGGCAUCUCCACCUUCCUCUCCUUCUAUGGCUAUUUGCUCUUUUACAAGGCCACCAAGCCAGCCCUCGAGGGCUACGGCCUGCGCUCCAAGUUUGUCUGCAUCAUUCUGGUUCUCGUCCUUUGUGGGCUGCAGAGUGGAAUCCUGGAAACGAUGGGAGCCGUAGGUGCCAUUCCUUGCAGCCCACCUCUCUCACCUGUUACCCGAUCCCAAAUGAUCUACUACUAUGCUUUGGCCAUUGAGAUGUUCUUUAUUGGCGUAUUUGCCCACUAUUCUUUCCGAAGAGUUGAACCUUCCUUGGAGGCUCAGCAGGUCAUCCACAAUCAAGCCUCCCAGACCCAAGACGGCCCAUCUGGUCGUUGUAGCCCUGCUGAUGGUAUAUCUGUCGAGGGAACAAACCCCAGCUACCUCUGUGAUGAGGCUUUCUGUACAAUUGAGCAUUCUCCCCUGGACCACUUUGAUUUCAUUGUAAAGGAGCCUGUGAACAGACAGCAGCAAAAUUGGGGACUUGGCUGCCAGAGAGUAGGAGCCCUGAAGCCAGAAGGACUUAAGUUAAGCCUACAGCAAACUGGAACCAAAGCUUCAAGUGAAAUCCAAAUCCAAUCCCAGGUUGGCAAAAUGGAUGCAAAUGGAGCCUCUGCUGUAUAGCCACCAUCUUCAGAGAACGGAGAACACAGCAACAGCUGGAUUCAGAAGGAUGCAUGAUAUCAAGGCAUA